AUGGAGACUCGGGCUGGCUUGUGCCCAGGCUUGCACUUCUCUCUGGGUAUCUGGGUGAUGAUCGCCGUUCACACCCUCCGGGAUGCUACGGCGGAGAUAACUUGCGCGUCCUGCGCGACGCCUGUCCAACUUCACCUGGAGGAAUUACCGCUGGGGAGACGCGCCGACCCGACAGAGGAGCCGGGCGCCCUAAAAAACAUCCGAGUAGAGUUUAGGGAACUCGGGGUUACCGAGCAGCCUGCUGGGAUGGACGGAGACGGAGAGCCUGGUGCUUCCUCCGAGGAUGCGCCCCGAUCCGUGCGCGCGGGCAGUCUGGAUGGAGUUAGGACGCAGGAGGAUACACCCGAACCCGGGCAGGGGAGUCUCGGGUGGGUGCAGGCGGGUGAGGAAGCUGCGCUCCGGAGGGAGAGGAGAAGCGGUCCGGAGUUUGCAGAGUUCAGUGAGGGCGGCUGGAGCGGCCGGGCCGGCGGGGACGCGGCGGCCGCGGCUCCGGAGGGCCAGCGGGGCUCCAUGCUGGACGGACACCGACAGGGCAGAUCUGAGUUCAGAUGGAACAGGGACGAAGGGAGAGGGAAUAACCGCCAGGACGAGUCCAAGCUCAGCAGCAGCACUUUCCCUCUGACGGGAGACUCCACGCACAACCACGCGGUUGUUUACUGGACGGGACAGAACAGCAGCGUGAUCCUGAUUCUCACCAAGCUCUACGACUUUCACAUCGGCAGCGUGACUGAGAGCACUCUCUGGAGGUCUGCUGACUAUGGCACCACCUACGAGCGGAUGAACGACAAAGUCGGAUACAAAACGGUCCUGAGUUACCUCUAUGUCUGCCCGACCAACAAGCGGAAGAUUAUGCUUUUGACGGAUCCGGAGUUUGAGAGCAGCGUGCUCGUCAGCACCGAUGAAGGGGCCAGUUACCAGAAGUACCGCCUCACAUUCUACGUCCUCAGCCUGCUCUUCCACCCCUCCGAAGAGGACUGGGCCCUGGCCUACAGCCACGACCAGAAGCUGUACAGCUCGGUGGACUUUGGGAGGAAAUGGCAGCUCAUCCACGAACAUGUCACGCCGAACCGAUUUUACUGGUCUGUGGCGGGUCUGGACAAGGACCUGGAUCUGGUGCACAUGGAGGCUCACACUCAGGAUGGAAAUGUUCAGUAUGUCACCUGCAGAGCUCAGACCUGCUCAGAAGCAAACAGGAACUACCCGUUCCCCGGAUACAUCGACAUCAGCUCUCUGGUGGUCCAAGAUGACUACAUAUUCAUCCAGGUUCCCACAUCAGGACGCGCCACCUAUUACGUGUCCUAUAAGCGAGAAUCGUUCAUACAGAUCAAACUGCCGAAGUACUCCCUGCCCAAGGAUUUACACAUUGUCAGCACCGAUGAGAAGCAGGUAUUCGCCGCGGUGCAGGAGUGGAACCAGAAUGACACCUAUAACCUCUACCUGUCCGACACCAGAGGGAUCUACUUCACCUUGGCCAUGGAGAAUGUCAAGACCACCAGGGGCAUCGCGGGGAACCAGAUGCUGGAUCUGUACGAGGUGGCUGGAAUCAAAGGCAUGCUCAUCGCUAACAAGAGGCAGGACAACCAGGUGAAGACCUACAUCACGUACAACAAAGGCCGCGACUGGAGGCUGCUGCAGGCCCCGGCGACGGACCUGGACGGGAACGACAUCCACUGCAUCCUGCCCUUCUGUUCCCUCCACCUCCAGCUGCAGACGUCAGAGAACCCGUACCUGUCAGGAACCAUCUCCACCAAGAGCUCCGCACCAGGAAUCAUCGUCGCCACAGGAAACAUCGGAGCCGAGCUGUCGUACAACAACGUUGGCAUGUUCAUAUCCUCUGACGCCGGCAAUAGCUGGAGAGCGAUCUUUGAUGAGGAGCACAACGUGUGGUUCCUGGACAAAGGCGGGGCCCUGAUCGCCGUGAGGCAGCCGUCCGUGCCAACGCGACAUCUGUGGGUGAGCUUUGACGAGGGGGUGCAUUGGACCCAGCACAGCUUCUCCUCGGUGCCUCUGUUCGUGGACGGAGUCCUGGUGGAGGCUGGAGCCCAGAACCAGAUCAUGACCUUCUUUGGACACUUCAGCCAUCGCUCUGAGUGGCAGCUCUUCAAGAUCGACUACAAAUCCAUCUUCACCAAGAAGUGCACAGAAGAGGAUUAUCAGACCUGGCACCUUCACAACCAGGGCGAGCCGUGUGUGAUGGGACAGAAGCAGAUCUACAUGAAGCGAAGACCCGGAAACUACUGCAUGCUGGGAAAGGACUACUCCCGCAUCCUGUCUGCCGAGUCCUGCAUCUGCCGGGCUCACGACUUCGAAUGUGAUUACGGAUAUGAGCGCCGUGGCGACGGGAACUGCAGACCCGCCUUCUGGUUCAACCCGUCCACCGUGUCCCGCAGCUGCAGUCAGGGCCAGAACUACCUCAACAGCACCGGGUACCGCAAAGUGGUGUUGAAUAACUGCACAAAAGGAGUUAAGGAAAUGUACACAGCCAGGAAGCAGCAGUGCCCCAACAGGCCUCCCAAAGGACUCCAGCUGACCACCAAAGACGGCAAACUCACAGCCAACCUGGGCAGCAACGUCACCUUCCUGGUGCAUCUGGAUGAGGGUGACUCCCUGAGGACGAACAUCCAGCUGGACUUCGGUGACGGGACGGCCGUGUCAUACUCCAACCUGAGCUGGACCGAGGAGGGAAUCAAACACGUGUACAAGUCGGCGGGGAUUUUCCGUGUCACUGUGCUGGCUGAGAACACGAUGGGCUUCGACACCACAACGCUCUUCCUACAUGUCACCUGCCCAGUGGAGCACGUCCAGCUCCUCGCUCCCUUCGUGGUCAUCAGAAACAAAGAGGUGAACAUCACAGCGGUGGUUUUACCCAGUCACCCCCGCACUGUCACUUACUUCUGGUGGCUCGGCAACAAUACAGAGCCGGUGGUCUCGCUGGACGGGAGCAUCGCGUACACCUUUCACAGCGAGGGCAUGCACACCAUCACCGUCCAAGUGGCUUCGGCCAACGUCAUCCUGCAGGACACUAAGACCAUCGCAGUCAAAGAAUUCUUCAAAUCUCUACUUUUAUCUUUCUCCCCUAAUCUGGACGAGUUCAACCCCGACAUACCCGAGUGGAGGCAGGAUGUGGGGAGAGUAAUUAAGAAGGCUCUGCUCCAAGUGUCUGAUUUCCCCGAGGAGCAGCUGCUGGUAGCCGUGUUCCCCGGAGUGCCAACAGCAGCUGAGCUCUUCCUGCUGCCCCACAAGAACCAAUCAGAAGGCAAGAAAAAGAGCGAGGAGGAGCUGGAGCGGGCGUCGGACAUCAUCGUGAGCGCGUUGAACCAGAACCUGGUGGAGUUCGAGCUGAAGCCCGGAGUCAGAGUGAUCGUGUACAACACACAGCUGACGCUGGCUCCUCUGGUGGACUCCAGUCCCAGACACAGCAGCUCGGCGAUGCUCAUGCUCCUGUCGGUGGUGUUCCUGGGCCUCGCCGUGUUCCUCAUCUACAAGUUCAAGAGAAAAAUACCCUGGAUCAACAUAUAUGCUGAGGUGAACCAGGAGAAGGAGCAGGAGAUGAUCGGUUCGGUGGGUCAGGGUGACAGCACGCCGAAAAUCACCCUGAGUGAGUUCUCCACAUCCAAAGAACUCAUGGAGAAGGAGCUGGAUGCCAGAGUCAAACGAGGAGUCGGAAACGCCUGCGAGAGCACAAGGGAGAUCCCCAACUGUACCAGCGUGUGAGGCCGGAGAGCGACGGUGUGACGGCGUUACAGGGA